AUGAAUAAUCAGACGUCCAACUUCCUAUCAGUGGACUUUAAGAAAACAGAAAGUGUCCCCGUCUCGUCGUCUUUAAGGAACUACAUUGCCCAGGCAAGUAGAGACGGCAACGAUAUUGACAGUUUGAUCAUCGACGACAAUGCUCUAUUCACUUUGACAAGUAGUAAAGAAGCAUACAGUGAAGAUCCUGAAGUUUAUCUCGACGAUUUUCGCUCCCUGGAUAAUUUAAGAAAUGAGAUUAUAACACUAGAGUCUCACUCGGCCUCCUUGGCUAGACUACAAAAAUAUUAUGGUCAAAUCAUCUAUUUGGGCGCAAAGUUUCCCAUCAACGAGAACUCGAUUCGAAUAUGCUUUCCGUGGUAUUGUGUCUUUGGGAAGGAACGCAGAUCAAUCUCGUCAUUCAGUUUAUCAUACGAACGAGCUUGCAUUCUCUUCAAUAUGGGAUCCCUGUAUUCUCAAUUGGGAUUGGCAGAGUCAAGGCAAACGUCAGAAGGGCUGAAGAGGAGUGCAUUAUAUUACCAAAGUGCAGCUGGCGUAUUCAAAGCCAUUCAAGAUCAAAUCGCAAAUGGAGAGCUCAAAGUUCCAUUUUGCCCUGAUUUCCAAAACACUACUCUUACUGCUUUGAUGAACUUGAUGCUCGCUCAAGCACAAGAGUCGUUUUGGCAGAAGGCUGUUGGAGACAAAAAAACAGAUGCCACAAUAGCCAAAUUAGCAGCCAAAGUCUCUGAUUUCUAUGACGCAGCUCACUUCUCUGCAGUCGCAUCAGCCGUGUUCUCACAACAGUGGAUUAUACAUGUGCAAGUCAAAUCACUGCACUUUAAUGCCGCAGCUCAAUUCAGAAGAGGAUGUGAAGCAUUAGCUGCUGGUAAAUAUGGAGAAGAGAUUGCGAGGUUACAAAUUGCUGAAGGACAUGUCAAGAAGGCCAUGGAAUAUCAGAAGCAAAUGGCUCCUGCAGUGUUGAAUGAUCUCAAGGGCCUUGCUGCUGUACUGCAAAGCAAUCUACAAAGAGCCGAAAAGGAUAACAAUAUUAUAUACCUCGAUAUCAUACCCAAAACUGAUGCUCUAGCUGCAAUAGCACGUGCCGAAAUGGUAGCUCCAACGUCUCCUCCGGAUUUGGGUAGUAUGAGUGAAGUUGUUGGGCAGCCAUUCUUUGCCAAGCUCGUGCCAUUCGCAGUGCACCAAGCGGUAUCAUUAUAUUCAAGCCAAAAGGAGAAUCUUGUCAAUGGUGAAGCAGAUAGAGCAAAGGAAGCAACUGCUACAUGCCACAGCACAUUGCAAUCACUCAAUCUGCCUGGCGCUAUUGAGGCUUUGGAACAGCCAAUAGGUAUACCACCUGCUGUUUUGCAACGCUCAGAAGAGGUUCGAAAAAGCGGUGGUGUAUCAGGGUUACAGUCAACUUAUGAGACAGUGCUAGCACUAUCUGUCGCAGAUGUCGCGUUGCUAGACGAGGCUAUGAAAGCGCUCGAUAAUGAAGCCAAAGAAGACGAUGAAGCUCGUCACCAAUUUGGAAAAGAUCGCUGGACACGAACACCUUCCAGAGAUUUGACAGGCAAUCUCCGAGACACAGCUCGCUUAUACCGUGAAAAGCUCGACAUGGCUCGCAAAUCAGACAUGGUUGUCAGAACCAAGAUUGACAACAAUUUUGCAGUCAUGACCUCCUUGUCAUCAUCGCGAGAUGAGCUAGAAGCUGCCAUACCUUCUAGCAAAGUAUCGACGACGGUAGCUUUAACAGAUCCAACAGUCAAGGAAGUUAAAGCUCUCUUGGCUCAAUUGAAUGAUAUUAUAAAGAGGAGGGCUGUGUUGGUUGAGGAUAUCAAGAAACUUUCCAAGGAUGAUGAUGUUGCUCCCAAACUCAUGGAAGCUACUAGCAAACAAGAGCAAGUAGACAAUGAAGCAUUGUUCGCUCAACAGCUGAAAAAGUAUGACCCACUAGUGUCACAGAUAAAACAGUCUAUACUAGAGCAAACCAAGCUAUUGGAAGAUGUCAGAGUUGCUCACAAACGAUUCAUGGAUUCCAGACAAACAAAUGACAUGAUAAAGCAACGUGAAAGUGCCUUGAAUAAUUUAGAGGCUGCUUAUCGAACAUUCAAAGAGAUUUCUGGCAAUUUGCAAGAAGGAAUCAAGUUCUAUACAGAUAUACAACUAGCAUUGACAAGAUUCAAGGACAACUGCACAGACUUCGUUUAUGCUAGGAGCCUUGAUCGCAGAGAUAACCUGACCGCCAUACAAAAUGCUAUAGCUGGUUUAUCAGUAUCAUCCACAUCAGACCAGCAUCCUCUACCUCUACCACCGCGACCAGGAACGAGUAGUAGUAGUGGUAGCAGUGGAAAUAGAACCCCGCCAGGUGGUCAUCAACCUGGCGUUUGGCAACCAGGUACAGCAUUGAAUUAUGGUACUUCGUCUCCUGCACCUCAGCCAGGAGUCUGGCAGCCUGGUUCAGCAUUGAAUUACGGCCCGCCUAGUGCACCACCAUAUCAGCCACAACAAAACCUGCCUGGUGGGUUCUCAUACUCGAAUAAUCCACCACGACCUGGUCAAUACUCGCCUUAUAACCCAUAG